AUGCAUCCUGCGUCAUACUUCGCAUUAUCGUCAUUUCUCCUGGCGGCCGUCUCUCCUGAAGUCUAUGCAAGAGUGCUUCAUCGCCGACAGGACGAUACCCCGACAUUGUCCACUGGGUGCGGUCCUGCAGACCUGACCCCCGACAACUGGAAUGCGAACGACAUUGAUGCUGUCGUAACGGGCACCCCUGGUUUCGGCCAAUCUGCAAACUUUCCCCAGCAAUUCGUUACGCAGUUCAACCCAAAUCAAUUCUCCGAUGCUCCCUUUGAUUGCACGAACUUCAGCGAUCCCGGGGCUUGCUUGAUCCCUGGCCCCUUCCCGAACGACGUCUUCUGCGAUAACUUUUCCAACCCCCAAGUGGGCUUCAUCGUCCAGGCUUGGAUCAACAUGUACCAGAACUUGAGAAACAUGUACUAUGCCAUUCAAGAUGCUCACGACCAGCUGGUCUCUGAGGGGUAUCUUGCAGCCAUGGUCAACGACAUCUCUCCCCAGCCUCUCCCGAUUGCUCGAUCCACCCUCCUCGAACUGGCAAACCUGUCCCUCAACUUCAUUCCCAUUCCCGGCGCAGGGGCCGAGCUCGCUGGCAUCAAAACAGUGCUGAAAACUUUCAAGAAGCUAGCCGGCAAGGUGGUCGACCGAGCCAAAGAGGAUGCCGAAGACGCCGCGCAGACCCUGCAAGACCAGCCUCAGAUCCUACAAGAGGUGCUCGACAACGCCGUCCCCAAUGUCCAAGCCGCGAUCAUGGACCAGCUGAACGCCGUCUUCGUCGAUGCCCAAAUUGACGACUCGAGUGCCCAGGUCCUCCUGGGUGGGGUGCAGCUGAACGCUGUUCCGAGUCAGUCCGACUACGCGACCAUCAUGGCUCAGAACCUGCGCGCAUUCCUCCUGGCCGAGGCCAUGAACAAAAUCCAAAUGUUGCAGGUCGUGGAUAAUAUCGUGAGUGAGUGUGACAGCGGCCCGGAGGACACACUAUCGGCAGACGGCUCGCAAUGUCGCCGUUUUGGGCUCCCAGAGGAUGAUGCCACCAUACCAACAGCCGUGACGAUUGACCACCCGAACGCGAUGGGCGACCUUGAGGGCCGGUUUGGUUUCUCCAUCUCGGCGAUCGCGGAUAAUGCGCAGGCGUGUGCUGCAGCAGGCCAGAACUUCUCUAAUGUCGACUUUGAAGGGUUUUUAGAGAGUGAUGAUCCGGGUGUCUAUCCCACUUGCCUGUUUGGUGUGCCGUCUCACAAUGAGAGCUUUUAA